CAACUAGUUAGACCAACCAAUUGCGGAAAGAAAGAAAUUAAAACUCCCCACAAUGAAACAUGAUUUGGUAGAAGAGAGCCAGUCACAGUCAGUCCACUUUGCUCGUUUUUCUUCCCUAACUUGAAGGGGAUAUCUCAUAUCAUAUCAUAUCAUAUAUCUAGUGGCUAUUGGUGUCGUCAGGAAUCCCUCCCACUCCCCACAGCAGCAUUCAUGGCAUCAAUGGCGACAAAGGGCAGUUCCAUUUCAGGGAGGGAUUUCUGCUGCCACGUGCCCGGAGGCAUUCAUAUCCCAUCUCACCGCCACAGGAGCAAAAGGGUGUCCAUCAUUAGAGCAAAUUCCAGAAGCAAUCCACAGAGCUUGGACUUGAACAAGGUGAACGGGAAGAAGGUGAAUGGGAGCCCCAGAGUAGUGGAGGGAGGAGGAGCUCCGUUUGAUUUUGAUGGUUACAAAGUGGAUCACCACAGUCCCCAUAGCUGCCUGAUGGGAAGAUUCGUGGAGGACAGGCUGGUGUACAGGCAGAGUUUCAUCAUCAGAUCCUAUGAAAUCGGACCCGAUAAAACUGCUACGAUGGAGACGUUGAUGAAUCUCCUCCAGGAGACAGCUCUGAACCACGUGUCGAGCUCUGGGAUAGCAGGAGAUGGGUUUGGCGCCACGAGGGAGAUGAGCCUUCGGAAGCUGAUUUGGGUUGUCACUCGCAUCCACAUUCAAGUGCAGAGUUAUAGCUCCUGGGGCGAUAUCGUGGAGAUCGACACGUGGGUGGAUGCGGCAGGGAAGAACGGGAUGAGAAGGGACUGGAUCAUUCGAGACUUCAAUACCAAACAGAUCAUCACAAGAGCGACAAGUACCUGGGUGAUCAUGAACAGAGAAACCAGAAGGCUGUCGAAAAUCCCCGACCAGGUCAGGGAGGAGCUGGUUCCCUACUACAUUAACAGAGUCGCCAUCGCUGCUGAGGAUAACGACUUGGACAAAAUCGACAAGCUUUCCGACGACACGGCCGAACGAAUUAGACCCGAUUUGGCUCCGAGAUGGAGCGAUAUGGAUGCUAAUCAACACGUCAACAACGUCAAAUACAUUGGGUGGAUUCUGGAGGUAGCCAUCAAUUCAUUACUCAAACAUCUCUCAACCAUCCUAGCUAGGCUCUGUUGUUGUUUGUUAUGAGAAAAAUGCAUCUCAUCAUAUGCAGAGUGUGGCGAUAAAUGUGCUGGAAGAGUACCAUCUGAUGAGCUUGACGCUGGAGUAUCGACGGGAGUGCAGGCAGUCAAACUUGGUGGAAUCACUGACCAGCAGCAGCAGCAGCCACGCCAAUAGGAAAGCGGACGUGGUGGAGUUCACCCACCUCAUUCGUCUGCAGUGCGACAAGGCCGAGAUUGUUCGAGCCAGAACUGAGUGGCAGCCCAAAUUGACAGCCCAUCUAAUCUAGAAGACACUUAAAAUUGGGACUCCGGAUGUACGUGUCUUUCAGCCUAGCCCACUUGUUCUCAUCUUAUUGUUAUGUUGGAAUCAAUCCGCUCUUGGAGAUGUAUUUCAUUUCUACAUAGGUACUCUAAGUUUCACCAUUUUGGGAAUAAAUAUGGAGUUUGCGC